AUGUCCACGCCAUCAAAACGUCCGGCUUUAGGUAUCUCUGGGACGCAGAAGCAAUCUCUUCGAGUUUGGGCACAAAGUCAAAACCCUCGUCCAUCGCAAUCCCAAUGUUCUGCUUGGUUCGAACGAACCUAUGGACGGAGCCUCUCCCAAUCUACCAUCUCAUCCAUACUCUCCAAAAAGUUUGAUCAUCUCGAUUCCGGUCCUGCAUCCACCUUAAGUCGUCAACUAGCACCACAAUGGCCUCUCCUGGAGACGCCACUUUGUGAAUGGCUUGCGAGCCAGGAACCCGGCCCAACACCCUCAGCCGAUGUUAUUAUUACCAAGGCACGCGAAAUCUGGAAUCAAAUCCCAGAAUACCAGACCCUGCCACAUCCUCACUUUAGCAAUGGUUGGCUGAACAGAUUCAAAAAACGAUAUUCCAUUCAAAUCCGUGAUCGCCAAGAUGGCGUGCCUCCACCCCCACCCAAAACUAGUCGCAAGGAAAUGAAAGCACUGAAAACGUUUUGUGGAGAAUUCCCAGAAGACGAUAUAUACAACAUGGAUGAGACCGGCCUUUUCUGGAGGAAGCCUCCAUUCGGGGUCUCCCCGACCCAGGACCAGUUCGCAACAAAGAGGGAAAACUCCCGCGUCUGCCUCAUGCUCUGCACCAACAGCACUGGGUCAGAUCGAUUACCCCUCUGGGUCAUCGGACAUACGCAUACGCCGGAGGCACUUCGCAGGGUGAACCUUAAAGCCAUGGACAUCCAUUGGCGAUAUCAUCGACAGGCCUGGCUAACGCAAUCGAUUAUGCAAGAAUGGCUGCUCUUCUUCUAUAGCCAUAUAGGGGAUCGUAGAGUUUUGCUUCUGCUGGACAAUAAUCCAGAUCACCAAGCUGCCGUAGAAGCUACGCCGCCGCCUCCCAAUGUGCAUGUCCAACUGUUUCCAUCUCAAUCCGGCACUUCGAAUGAACAACAGCCGAUCAGCUUGGGAAUUUCCCAGACUCUCAAACACUACUAUCGCAGGCAAUGGCUUGCAUACAUUGUGGCGGCUAAGGGAUCGCCCCAGAACCCAAUUUACACGAUGAGUCUAUAUCACACAAUAUCCUGGAUCACCAAGAGCUGGCGUUACGAUCUUGCAAACGCAAUUAUCUACAGAGCGUUCCGGAAGAGCAGCCUAAUGGAUCCGCAGAUCGAGUUCAUCACUGCUCCCAAAACACCCGAUCUGACGAGUCUCUACGAGAUCGUCACGCGAAACAACCCUGAAGGUCGAACGCUUACCAGCCUUGAAAACUUCACUCAUCCCGUGGACGAGGAUUUGGAGGAUGUAUUAAAUGUUGGCGGUCUUAACGUUGAGGGUGAACCUACUCUACAGGAGAUGGAUGACGCCAUUGUGUCCACCUUGCCGGAACAACUCGUACCUCCUGCUGUGGAUGCAGUCACUGGGAUACAGACAGCCAUUCGACAUUUGGAACAUCAGCCUUGGGCCACAGCGACAGACCUUCAAGCACUCGAGCGAAUAGGAAGAAUGAUCGAUCGUACCGCUAUUGAUGAGCGACGACAGGCACAUAUUGUGGAGACAAUCCGGUCUCCCGUGAAUAUAUGA